AUGCUCACGUCCAUUGACUACCAGGCCCUCCGGGAUUUCAGCGGGCUGCCUUGCAUCCACCAGACCUGUGUCAACAGCGACAUUGGUUUCAACCUAGAAAAUCUCCCUCCAUUGGCCCAAGAUGUUCUACGACAGCUACAAGUAGUUCCUGCAGGAACACAGGUGCUCAAAAAAGAUUCGGUGAAACCCACUCCGGCCUCAGCAACAGCUAUUGCCACCGUAAUGGCAUACAUGCACACCUUGUCGCACGAAUUAUUCAAGAACCUCAGCCACGUUCUGGAGCUACCGUGGGAAAAAUACCUGGGAGAAAUGCACGAGUUCACUAUGACCAGACAGAACGAGUUGCGAAUCCUGCGAGCAAAUGCCCCAAUCCCGAACAGUUGGUCGACUCUCACAAUCAUUGUUAAUAUUGCCUCUCCAUAUACAGCGACUGUUCUGUAUGGCAAUGCACUACGUGUGUUUUCCGAAGGGACCAUAGCCAGCUUGGAUCAACCGACUGUCGACCCGACUCUACUUCCAGAUGACUCGACUAUCGCCGGGGGCAAUUGGAUUGUCUAUUAUGUCCGGCCGAACGACGAUGUUUACUACACACGCACCGCGGGAGCGUUGAUGACGCCGUUGACUUGCGAGGAUUAUGCAUCAAGAAAACGUGUGCGUGAUAUCAUAUUUUUGACCUGA